AUGCAAAAAACGAAUAACGAUAAAUUCGAAAAUUUUCGAAGCGCUUUUUAUGAUGUUCUUUUUUCAGGAGUCAUUACUAUUCGAGAAGAUACAAGAGGAUUUAUACAAAAUAAUUUCAAUCAACAAUUUAUCGUUUGGUCUUGUAAAUAUGACCCACAAGCAAUACUACUUCUUAUACUUGAUCAAGCACUUGCCUACGUACGAAACCAAGAUCGAGUGGAUGAAACGAACCCGAAUAUUCUUACCAUGUUUACAAAAACCUUGGCUAUUAUUGAUUGUAUAUCAACAUUGAUCAAAAUUCGACCAGAAUAUUAUGAUAGAUUCAAUGGAAUUUUAUUACGAACUAUCUAUAUUUUACCAGGUUUAUGCAAAAUGAAUAUUAUUCCAUCUCAUGUUUUAAUAGAAGCAUUCCAAACAAUGAAACAUACUCAAAGUUUAACAAUUUUAUUUCUCGAGUCUGCAUUAUUUCCAUCGUUUGCUGAUAAAAAUGCUAUCGUACCAAAUGAGCUCGACCCUACAGCUAGGCUACCGGAUGUUGAUAGUGCAUUUUUCGGUCGAUUAGAACAAAUGUGUAGUGAAAAUCAAUAUGCUGAUGAAUGGAUUCCUGUAUUUAUUGCAUUACUUGAAGCCACUCGAGACACUGUACAAAUCAAUGAAACAACGGAUCGUUUUCGAGCGAUUAUUUUCCAUUUACUUUUUUCUACAUUACCAAAAUCAAUAAAGAUAAAACGAUGGUUAUCCAUACGAGAACAAUGUUUAAAAUUAAUAUGGACUGUUAUUCUUCGUUGCUUGGGACCAGCAACAGUAGUCAAAGUAUCAACAGACGAUGAACCUAAUAAAUCACCGGUUUUCAUCUUUGGCUGGUUACAACAUCCAUCUGUUAGUCAAACAUUACUUUUAUGUGCUCGACCUGCAGAUUCAGAUACUUCAUUAUCGGAUCCAACAAAGCGAACUUUAUAUCAGUCAUGUUUACAAAAUUCUAUGUCAAUUAUUUCCUCUGUAAUUGAUAAUCAAGUAGAAACUUGCAAACAUAAUAUAAAUACAACAAAUAAUCCAUUUGGAUCGAAAUUAUUAAUUAAAGUUUGCAUUGACUUUCUAUUACAACAUAUUAAUGAUAUAAAAGCACCCAUUUGUCUACGAUGUUUAACAAGUUUAGCUAAAAUUACACCUGGACUUUUAAUUUUAUUAGAAACAAAUAUCGAACGAUUUCGUACAUUUAUCAUAGAAAAUAUCAAAAAUAGAAAAUCUCCGGAUUUAACAAUGACUAUUUUGGAUUUUUUGAUUGUAUGUGUUAAUUCGCAACCGGCAUUACUUGGUUAUUUAUGUGAUAUAAAUACGGCUCAAGCAGCAACAUUUGGUAAUUCAACAAUUUUACAGCCCAUUGUUGAACUACUACGAUGGAGCACCCAACAUACGAAUGAUAUUGCUGCAAAUGAUUUAUUUAUUUUAACUGUAACAUUUAUAACACAAUUUUGGGAACAACGUACACAAUUACUUGUAGAUUAUUUUGUUAAAAUAAACGAUUUUUGGAAAAAUAUUUCAACAUCAAUAUCACAUACAAGUGUGUGCAUUGAAUUAAUGGAUACAGGUGAAAAAUGUGCAGUAUCAGCGUCAUUUCGUUUACUUACUCAACAUUUACUUAAUUAUACAACUGAUCAAACUGGAAAUGAUUUUUAUGAUAUAUUAAAUGAAUUAAUUACCAACAAUUGUUUACUUCAUUGGAUUAAAGCGUGUCGAACAUUUUUUCAAUCAAAUAUUGAAGAGGAUAUUUUAAAUGAACAAUCGUUGUCAUUUUCGUUUUUUUCAUCAGUGAUCGCUUUUACAAAAGCACUGCUGUGUCUAAAUAAUGAUCGCAUUCGAAAGAUUUUACCCGGUGGUGAAACAUGGCUACAAGAAUUAGCAUCUAUAGUUCAACUUGUACUCACACGCAACGAUUCGACAUGCAUGAAAAUUGCAGUUAUCUGUAUAAAUUUAACUAUUAACGCUUUUAUUAAAUGGCGAAACGAUAAAGCUCAAGCACCAUUAAAUAUCCUACCAACUUAUAUUAAUUUAGCUAAUCAUGUUCUUGGACCAGAAUAUGUAUCGAUUUAUGUGAAAUAUUGCUAUUUGGAUGCACUUGUUCUUUUAAUUCAAACAUUCCUUGAAUUAUCACCUGACAUUGACCAACAGCAAUAUGAUCUAACACUUUAUUCAACUGUUAUCGUGCAUUUACUUGACUUUGUAGAUUAUUGUAAUGAUAUAAUUGAUAUACAUCCAGCCACAACGCCUCAAUAUAAAUGCGCUGUUAAAGCAUUAGUUCAUACAUUUCAUUUACUAUCAAUAUUUGUCUCGAAAGAAGAAUCACCUACUUUGUCUGUAAAUUUAAAACAAGAACGUACAGUAGCAAAUGUUAUUGAUUUAUUCCAUAAAGUUUCACAAGAAAGAGAUAACUUUCGUAUAUGUUAUACAAUAUUAAGUUUCUUAUAUGAAUUAACAAAAAAAAAUGAUAGCGCUCAAUGGUUUCAUACGAUGAAUAUUAUUCCGCGUACAUUACAAACAUUGCGUUUUAUUGUUCAACAACAGGCAAAUAAUACUAAUGAAGAUCAAAAUUCUCAAACGAAUUGGUCAAAAGUCGUACGUCUCUAUUUACUUUUAAAUAUUUUUCUUAUUCAUGCCGAAACUGUGCAUGGUGAUCAUCGUCAUUUUAAUAAUGCAUCGGACGUAUUUGCAGCUUGUAGUGAAUAUAUAGUGGAAAGUUUUCAUAAUGUCACAAAACAAUUUUCAUUAUCAUCAUUGGAAAAUGCAGAUGUAUGCUGUCAAUUUUUUGCUUGUUUAACUCAAUUCUAUAAUCAAUUGAUGAGUAAACACCAUAAAGAAGCGUGCAUUUGUAUUGCAGCAGUAAAUUAUCUUCUACAUGAUGCAAUUAAUCUACUUCUUCAUUCUGCACUUGUACACAAUAUGUUAACAAAAAAAGUUCGUUGUGCAUAUCGAUCCGAAUUAGAAAAUCAAGAAAAUAUUGUACCGGAUUAUUCCAUAUCACAAUCUAUUGUUAUGGAUAAUUCGCAAUUAUCACAACGUACUUCAUUACGAGCAGCAUCAGGUUUUCUGAAUCAAUCAAUAACAUCGUCUGUUGGUGCUCCUCCUGUAACACCAAGUGAAGGUACACCUAAACCACGAUUAGUUAAUGUUCGUCAACAAGUUGCUGCUGCUUCUGCACAACCAGCUAGUUCUCAAGCACCAGAAUUCGAGCAAGUUCAAGUCGGAUUACUACGACUUCUUUGCACUUGUUGUUGGGCACUUCAUCCAUGUACAAUUCCAUUGAAUGAACUUAAUGAAUCAAUUCUUUAUAAGCAAACAAUCGACUAUGAUUCAUUUAAAUAUCUAGUUGAACCAUUGUUUAAUACACCAACAUUAGAACGACGUACAGCACCAUCAUUUGGUACUUGGCUUACUGGUGCACAAUAUAUUGUCACUCAAAUGGAGCGAUUUAGUCUUAUUAAAAGUAGUUCACCAAGACCAGCUCGUAUUAAAGAAAGUGAUCUUGAACGUUUAGUACAGCAGAGACCUUUUCUUGUUCUUGCACUCGAACAUUUAUUAAGUUUAAUUCUUUCUCAAGUACCACUCUUUAUGCGAUCAACAUAUCUUGGUGAAACACAAAAAAAUAUGAUGAAGCAAACAUUAUCACUUGAAUUGGAUUACAUCUUUUCAAAUCUUAAUUUAACUGAGCGAACAUCAAGUACAAGUGGUGGCGGUAGUGAUCCAAAUUCUCAACGAACAUCAGUAAAUGUACCAACGCCAGCUACAGCUGGUGGUGGUCCGACGAGCCAUAAAUCACUGAUCAUGAGUGUAUCGAAUAUGUCGCAUCCACCAGGGUCUAUAACACGUGAAGCUUAUACACCGUUUUCUGUUGGUACCAAUGUAACAUGUUCCGGUGCAUCGGAAUAUAAUAAUUCAACUCAUUUGAAAGAUGUUUGUACAUCAAUUUGGAAACUCUAUAAACGUAUUAUUCAAACAGAUCCAGUUGUCUUUGUUGAUUGA